UCAACGCUUAGGAGUUAGGACAAUGAAUUUCUCAAACCUCAGCUGUCGUUAUAAAAUCCAGCACUUCCCUUCUCAGUUUCGUUCGGUUCUGUUCUAUUCUCUGAACAAUGGCGUCUCUCUCUCACCUCAACAAACUCCUCUGCAUGCCCCCGCUCAACUCUUCACCCUCUAUUUCGCCACCACGCAGCAGCGUCGGAAUUUGGACCAAACCUGUCGGAAGGCCGAGGCUACUGGUGCGUGUCCGAGCGGUCACGAGCGACGACGAGUGGGGGCCGGAGAAGGAGGAGGCGUACGGCGGCGGCGUAGCGGUGGAGGAGAAACCGACGAAGUCGGAGACGGAGACGGAGAAGCUGAAGAAGGCCUUGGUGGAUUCGUUUUAUGGCACCGAUCGUGGACUGAAAGCAACGAGCGAAACGAGAGCGGAGAUCGUUGAACUCAUCACACAGCUCGAGGCCAAGAACCCUAACCCUGUUCCCACCGACGCCUUGACUCUUCUCAACGGAAAAUGGAUUCUCGCGUAUACAUCCUUUGCAGGUUUAUUCCCAUUGUUGUCAAGUGGAACACUACCAUUGGUCAAGGUAGAGGAAAUAUCCCAGAUUAUUGACUCGCUGAAUUUUACCGUCCAAAACUCUGUUCAGUUCGCUGGUCCUUUGGCCACCACCUCAAUUAGUACUAAUGCCAAAUUUGAUGUUCGAAGUCCAAAACGUGUGCAGAUAAAGUUUGAGGAAGGCAUAAUUGGCACUCCACAGCUUACGGACUCAUUAGAGAUACCGGAAAAUGUGGAAUUUCUGGGUCAAAAGAUUGACCUUACACUUUUCAAAGGCAUCCUUACCUCUGUCCAAGACACAGCCACAUCGGUAGUGAAAACAAUUUCAAGUAGGCCUCCCUUGAAGAUCCCAAUUUCCAACAGCAAUGCUCAGUCCUGGUUACUCACCACAUACCUCGACGAAGAAUUGCGUAUCUCAAGGGGCGAUGGUGGCAGUGUGUUUGUUCUUAUCAAAGAAGGAAGCUCUCUUUUGACAAGAUAAACAAAACAAACUAGUUUACUUUGGUGGUCAAUAUCAGGCUUAUGUUUAUAAAUAAGUAAAGGGUCUGAAUUUUAUACAAUGAUUUUGAAGAUACAUGUGUAGAACAGUUUGUUAAUGCUGUGUUGCGAAUUGUUGGUUGGUUGUUAAUGUGAUGGUUUAUGAGCAGAAUCGAAAGGCAUCAACCAACUUCAAGUAACAUCAUAAAAUGUUUUCUGUGUUUGACUAUUUUCUCAGGAUCGGAAGUGGUACAACCAGUAUGCUUUUGUUGGGAACAGAGUGAGAUUCUUGUUAAUCUA